AUGACCAUGAAUGCUGUUUUGAAAUAUCUUUGGAAGUUAAAAAAUUCCUCUUCAGACUUGUCUGAAUACAAUUUGAAAGAAUUUGUCAGUUUACUAUACAGUUUUAUUAGUCGCCGAUUCGGAACAUUUGAUAUUCCACUUAACUAUGUGUCCUGUUUCAGGGACUUUUUGUUACUUCACUUGGCGAACUAUAAACAUUCACUCAAUUUUCAGUGCUUGAAAUCGGGCGUGGGAUUUCCUGACCUCACUGUAUUAUACAAAAUGAUUUUCAUACUUUCAUGUUUGGAAGUGGAAGAUUUUUGUUUACAUUAUACACAGUGUGAUGGCUACUACUCUCCAUCAUGUUGCUUUUGCAGCUUACACAUACUGUCAUCAACUCUGCAACUUAUAUGCAAGGAAAUCCAAAAUGAUUCACAUGAACAUCGAAUUUCUUCGUCAAUUUGCGAUUUCAGUGGGAAAUAUAAUUGCAGGUGCUAUAAGAAUUCCAUAAAUUGGAAUACCAUUUGUAUAUACGAAAAAAUAGAUAUUACGGACGCAAAUUUUAUCGAUCGAUUUCCUAUAAAAACUAGAAAGCAUCAAUAUAAGUCUGCAAUCAGAAGAAAUAUUACCUCAACACGUUUCAAAAAAUCAGUUGAAAGAGCUGAUUUCACUGAUUGCAUUCCUGAUUUUGAAAAUGAAAAUGAUAAAUCACCUACUAAACAUCAUCUUCAUCUAUUUGAUUGUUCAAAGUCUACAUCAAUUCCUCAUCAACGUGUUCUGUAUCCUAAACAUUCAAAUUCUUUCAAUAUAGAUUUAUUGCAGACUUAUUUAACAAAGAAUAUGACUACUAAACUUCCUCAAUUCUGCUGUACAUAUCCUCAUAUAAUAACUAUUCUUUGUAAAUAUAUCAAUCUGAUCCAGUUUAUUAUACAUAUGAAUGAAGAAUAUUCAAUUCAAUACAACGAUGUAUUAAUAACAUUCAAUAUGAAUAUUUUAACAGAAUUAGAAAAUGUCAUUAUAUCGAUUUAUGAAAAGUUUACUAAGACUAAAAAUAAUUCCCAUUUAGUAACUAUGGUGAUUAUUUUUGAAAAUUUAUCAAUCAUAUAUAAUUGUUUAAAAUAUUAUCAAAAAUCAAAUAAUAAUCUUCCUAUCAACGAUAAUUUAUUAUCAAAUUUAAAGAAAUUAUUAAUUCAAUGGUUUAUUUCAAAUGAUACUAUUCAUUGUCUACCUUUAAAAUUAACUUUAAUUGAUACUUUCACAUACUUCAUCUAUAUGAAUCCUCAAUAUUUUCAUAUUGAUCAUCAAUGGCAUAAUGAAAUGAAUAAAUUUCUAACUAGUCUACAAUUUACAAACGGAUUAUACAAUAAUGACUUAUUAUAUAAUGAUAAUGAUCAUAAUGAUACUACUUAUAUAAAGUAUAACUAUAAUGAUAAUGAUGAUCAUUAUUACUAUUAUAUGAAUUUAUUUCAUAAUCUUCAUGAUUUAGAUAAACAAUUAUUAAAUUAUAAACAAAUAAACAAUCAUAUCCUCAUUAAUAAUAAAAAAUUUCCUUAUUUACUUGUUUUCUUAGAUUAUUUAAUAUCUCAAGCAGACAUUAUACUACUUAUUAAUGAUACUACUAUUAUACAUAAUUUAUCAAUAUAUUAUUAUUUAUUAUUACAAUUUCUAUAUAUACAUAUCACAUCUAUUUAUUCUAUAUAUUUUUUAAAUGAUCAAUGUAUUCAAUGGAUAUUUGAUUUAUUAUUCAGAUUAUAUUUCUACAUUUUACCUCAUAUAUCUAAUCCCUUACAUAAUAAUAAUAAUAAUAAUAAUAAUAAUACUAAUAAUAGUAAUAAUAGUAAUAUUAAUAAUAAUAAUAUUGGUAAUAAUAAUAAUACUAAUAAUAGUAAUGAUAAUUAUUAUUAUUUAUAUUUUUAUAUUAUUUAUAAUUUUUUAAUUAAUUUAAUUAAAAAUCAAAAAAUUAAUUUAUUACAAAAAAUUUUAAAUCAAUAUUUAAUUAAUUAUAAAAAAUUAUAUAAAUUAAAAAUUAAAUUUUUAUAUCAAUUAUAUAAAAUACAAUAUAAACAAUUACAAUUGAAUAUAGAUAAUAAUAAUAAUAAUAAUAAUAAUAAUAAUAAUAAUCAUAUUAUAUUAAUAGAUUACGUAAUAGAUUAUGUAAUCGUUCCAAUAUUCCAUGAAAUCAGCAUUAAUGAGGAACAAAAAGAAAAUGAAGAUGAUGGGGAUUGUUGUUUAUAUUUGAAUUCGAUAUUAGAAUGUUUUAUGAAUUUAAUUGGAAUCAAAAUUCAAUUAUUAUUUCAUUAUAAUCAUUUAAUUAUUAUAAAUAAUUGGAAAAUGUAUAAUGAUUUAAUGGAUAAUAUAAUAUAUAGAAAGGAUAUAAGAAAUUCAUAUUCCUUAUUAAAAUGUUUAGUUAAUAAUAUUUUAACUGUCCAGUUGAAUUGUCGUUCAACAGUCUCCAGUGGCCACAUUCAAUUAUCGUUAAUGCAAGAAUACGGACUGUUUCAAAGACGUUUGAUGUAUUCCACAGCUGGCUUAUUUUUUGAUAUUUUAAAUGAAUCAGAAAAGUUACUGCAUACAUCGAAUUCGGAGAUUUUUGAAGAAAUCAAAUCAUAUUGGGAAUUAUUAGCUUAUCUUAUUUUAAUUUCCCAUUCAAAUUGGUUAAAUCCACCAAUGUUGAUUAAUUUUAAUCAAAAUUUAUUUUAUCAUUCAUUAAUGAUAGUUGAAAAUUCAAAUUACGAUUCUAAAAAACAUUUUAAUGAACUUAGUAUAUCAUUUAUUAAUAAAGUUAUCCAAGGCAAAUUCUCAAUGAAUACUGAUAUUGAUCAUUUGGAAAAUGUUCAUAAAUUAAGUUCUUUAAUUUUACCUCCAAUUAUUGUUUUAUUGGAAAUAAUACCAAAUACGGAGUCAUCAUUGAAUAGUGGGGAUUCAUACAAUGAUAAGUAUAACAAUUCAAUUGAUCAAUUAUUCACUAUACUAGAAGAUGCUUUUACACAAGUACAAUUCAUUAGACUAUAUGGCAUUAAUAAUUUUUAUGAAUUUCUUGUACAUUUUAUCCAGUACACAUUUAAUGAAAAUUCUUUCGUGAACCAUACUACUAUUGCUAAUAGUAGUGACAAUAGUAAUAAUAAUAAUAACAUAACAUUAUCUAUUGCAAACUUUGAGGAACGAUCACUAUCUUCUUCAUCAUUAACUUCUGAUGAAUCGAUACAUGAAACAUCAAAUACUUAUACGAAUAAUCGUUAUUUUGAUAUGUCACAACAUACAAAUCAAAAUGAAUCAACAUUCAAAUUCAAUCCACAAUCAGUUCGACUAUUAGUCUUUUCAACACGAUUAUUUAUUCGAUUAAGUUUACAUAAUCUAUCAUUAUUUAAUUGUUGUCAACAUAUCAAAUCAUCAUUGUCUCCUAUGGAAACUGUCAAUGUUUCAAUGAAAUGUGAAAAUUAUAUAUGGUCAAAUUGUCUGUCGUUGAUUACCGCCAAUUAUUUUAGUAUAUUUAAGUCAAAUCUUCAUGGACCGCAUCCUAUUGAAGAUAAGUAUUUACAAGUUCACAUAAAUCACUUAAUUGAAGAGAUUUUAAAAUUAAUGACUAAUUUAUCAAAGUGUCCAAUUAUUCGAUUAACCUGCUUAGAUCUAUUACGAUGUUUCAUGAUACCACAAUAUAUUCGACCAAUUGAAUUUCGUACAGACUAUUCACAAUCUCUUGGUGUAUUAAAUGUGAAAUCUGUAAAAUAUUUUAUACAGCUGAUAUUGAAAGAUUUAAGACAGAUACAAAAUAUUGAAGGCAGUAAUAGUCUUAACAAUGAUAACAAGCAUAAAUACCACCGGAUUACGGAUCAUGAUGAUAAUCUUACAGAACAGGACACAAAGCCUAUUAUGCUUCAUACAAUCAAUAGUAUAUAUCCAUAUUUUACACGUGAAAUGUUCAACUUACUUAUUGAUUGGAUUCAAGGAAAUAAUAUUCUAAUGCCAACAAUAUAUACCAUUUGGCCAAAAUUAAUAAACACUCAUCUAUUGUAUGAUCAAUAUGGACAGCUAUGUUACCCUAUCCUACAACUUACUAAUCUAUGUUCUCAUAAUUGUUCUUAUGUAUUGGCAUCUGAAGAUAAUCCACAUGAAAUUGGCAAUAAUCAAAUUUUAUAUCAAAAAUUAUUAAAUCUUAUUUGUCCUUUAUCAUUCAUCGUUAAUCAAUCGAGUAAUAAAUCACUUUCCUUGACUUCGUUUAAUUAUACUACUGAUAAUCAUAGUUUAGGAUUAUCGACUUGGUUUUGUUUCCAUGGAAAACAGUUAAAUAAUGUGAAGGUUAAACCUAAGUUCAAUGGAUUAUCUGAAAUGGAUCUUUUCCAAUAUGUUCAAUUAAGUCAUUUACAACAUUUAAUUAGUUUGGAUAUUUUGUCUUCAUUCGUAUGUCACACUAAUCAAUUUGGAUAUCAAUCAUCGACAGAUACAACGAACACAUUGCCACCUUGUUCAACUAACCAUAGUCAUCUCUCUCUUCAAAUAUGGAUAUCAUCCAUUUAUUCAUGUCUAUAUAUUCGUAUUGUUGAAAUUUCAAUAAAUAAAAAGGAUACAUUAUCAUUAGAGGAGAAUACAAAUGACAUUCAAUUGCUUGGUGACUUAUGCUUAGAUUUUCCUAAAGAAUGUAAUAUAUAUGAAGAAUGGAAUCAUUUAUUUUUAUAUAUUGAAUGGAUAAACUACUUAAAUGCAAAAGUAUCCCUUGUAAUCAAUGGUUGGUUUGAAUCUAUUGGUGAACUAAUAUUGAUUAACAAAGAGUUUUCCAAUCCACAUAUAAAUUGUCAACAACAGUUUACACCUCCUAUGAUACGUUUUGGUCAUGUCACUAAUGUAUACUCUUCUUUAAAAUGUAGAAGAAAUACUUUUGAUGUAGGAAAUGUACUUCUAUUUACUGGUUUACCCUCUAAUGUGCAAAGAAUGUCUUCUUCAUCCACUGAUUACUUCUUGAAAUGCAAAAAGAAAUCUUCAAAGCAUCAUUAUAAACACCUCUCACAACAGUCAAAGUAUCAGAAUGAAAAUUAUUUUAACAAUUCAAUAAAAGAGGUUGCUUUAUCACUUAGCCUUUUAGGUCCAUUGUUCAAUGGUUAUUUCGACUCGAUUGAAUCAAGUGCAUACUAUCGAAAUUCAGCUAAUUGUAUACUUCAUGCAUUUAUACGUAGAUAUGCAUCAAAGGAUUCAAUAUUGAAAAGUAAUCAUCGUCAUCAUCAUGAUUAUAUCAGUCAGUUAUUAAUGAAAGCUCAAUCUUUAAUUCAUUCAGAAUUUUGGCUAAGAUUCUUAAAAAGAUAUUGUUCAGAGCAUUUAUUCAUCAUUUUGUUGAGUAAUAAUCUUACUUAUGUACAAUUCAUUUUACCGAAAUCAUUGUGUACAACGGAAUGUAAUGAAUCGUUGACAACAGAAGUGAACAAUGAUACCGUGGAUGAUAUACACUUGGUAAAUGCUGAUGUUAAUCAACAUUUUAAAUCAUUUGAUAAAAAUACAAUUCGAAUUGUUUAUGCUCAUUCCUCUAAAAAAAGGUUAUGGUUAUUAAGGAGCAUAUAUUCAUCUGAUAAACACCAAUCAUUAUCUCAUUGUGUUAACUACUGCUAUCGGGAAAGUUUCGACUCAGUUUUUGAACCCCAUGGAGGUAUUGAAGUAGCUGUUUGCCUUCUUGGUGAACUUAUAUGUCAAUCACACAAUUCUGAUUUGAUUUCAUGUGGACUAAAAUUACUCUUUACAAUGUUACGUCAUUCUACUAUAAUGUAUGGAAAAUUUUAUUCGCCAGCAUUAUCACAUCCUGGAAUAGAGAAUUCAAUGGAAAGACGACAUAAAAAUACAUGGUUAUAUCAAAAUUGUAAUGACCAAUUAAAUUGUAAACCUGUCCCGUUAAGUUUUGGACAUUGUCUAUUAGCUCGUCUAUUUAAACAUCCAGAAUUUAAUACCAUCUCGUCGAAAUCAUAUAAAAUUAUGAAAGUUUUACUCAAUGAAAUCAUAUUAACACUUCCUAUAAAAAAUUUAUGGAACAAUUCAAUGGAGCCUUCAUCAUCUACUGUACAUUUAUUGAUCAAUCCAAGUUUAUUACGUUGUCUUCUCUUAUUUGGUUCACAAUCAUUCUGGUAUCCUUCAUCGAAACAAAAACAAUCUAGACUCGGUCCUCAUAAUUCAACUCAUCUUUCUAAAUCAUCAAAGAAAUCAAUUUUAUUGAAUUAUGGUUUAAUACCUGGAUUAUUUGAAUUAUUAAUAAAUUGUAAUGAAUGGUCAAAUUCAUCUAACAUCAUUAUUAAAUUGUAUAAUUUGUCUAUAUUAGAUAAAUGGCAAUUAAUUAUGGCAACAUUGACUGGAUUUCGAGAAUUAUUCCUAGAAAAUGAUCAUCAUCAUCAUCAUUCAAUACAAACAACUUCAUUGAAUGAUGAACAUUUAAAAUGUAUCACGGAACAAUGGCCAAUUACUUCAUUAAUGAAUUUUCUAAUCCAUCGUCUUUCAUUAUCUGUAGUGAUCAAUGAAACAUGUACAACUGGAGCAACUUUAGAAUCGAUCCAUCAACAGUCAUUGUAUUAUGAUAAUAAUAAUGAUAAUAAUACUGAUUAUAUUCAUUCAUUUUAUUGUUCCAAACGAUUAUGUCUAUUGAAUGUGUGUCGUUUAAUUAUUAAUUUAGAUGCUAAUAUGUAUUUAUCUGCAGCUGAACAAGUAUUUUAUACUAUAUCCGAUCAUAAUAAUGAUGAUGAUGAUGAUCCCGAUCAUAAAGUUGAUCUUGAUCAUCAUAAUGAUGAGUUAGAAACUAAAGUGCCAGAAUCAUCAACAUUAGACAAUGAUUAUAUAUUUUGGCAUAGAAUUACACGGAAAUGUUUAAACUAUACGGAACGUUUAAAAAAUUGGGAAUACUUAUCAUUUACGCAUAAUAAAGAGAUAACUAAUAGGAGUAAUAGUACUGAAGGAAUAUGUGAACAAUCACAAUAUUUAAGUAAUCUUGAAAACAAUCAAAUUAGAGAAGUAUCAAUUCAAUCUAAUUACUGUCAAUCAUUAUCAUCAUCUACAUCGAAACACCAACAGCAACAACAACAAUCGUUAAGUAAUGAAGAUGAUCAAUUGAACAUGACGGAAUCUAUAAAGUACCCUAUGGUUAUUUCAGAUUCUGGUGUAAGUAUAUCAUCUUUACCAGUUGGUAGUAGUGAUCCAAUAAAUGUAGAAAAUAAUGUAUGUAAUAUAUCUAAAGAUAAUAAUAAUAAUAAAUCUAUUCCUAUAGACCAUAUAACACAAAAAGAAUUAAAUAAUUCUAUGGAAACUGAUUAUACUACUAAUAAAUUUAUAUUAAAUUAUGUUCAAUUACAUAUUGAACAAAAUAGUAUAUUUUCAAAAUAUUUAAUUAAUUGUUUAAAUUAUAUUUGGCAUAAACAUUUUCCAAUUGAAUAUUUAACAAAUUUAUAUUUAAAAAAUAAAUUGAAGCCAAAUAUAUCCCAAUUAAAUGAUAUAAAUAAAAAGGAAACAAUAAUGAAAGAUAAUCAUGAUGAAGGAUUUAUUCAUAUAUUUACUAAAAAUAUUAUUCAAUCAAAUCAUUGGAAUUUAUAUCAAUUAAAAUCAAAUUAUUCUAUUUUAUUUAAUAUUACUACUAAUAAUAAUAAUAAUAGUAAUAUAUUAAUGAAAUCAUAUUGUAGUAAUUCAAUUAGACCACCAUUAUGGUUAAUUUAUAGUUUAAUAAAACAUCCAUAUAUAUCACAACGUGAAUGUGCUCUUAGCGGUUACUGUAUCUGGUUACAUUUCGAAGCUAAUAAAUGGAUAAAAAAAUGCCAACAAUUAUCAUCAUCAAAUUUCAGUCAAUCUGUUUAUUUUGAUUGGUCUAUUCCUGGAACAUUACAUCAAAUUCAUCAUCAUUCUACUUCACAGUCACAUAGAAUUAUACCAUUUCAAUUAUCAAGAAUACGCAGAUUCGCUACAGGAUUAUUAUUACCGACAACAUCGUUUAUGUGUAUAACAAAUCCAAGUUCAGAAGUUGACCUGAAAAAUUAUAAUAAUCGUCAUUUAUGCUCAAAAAAAUUAUUAAAUCGUGCAUUAGGUUUAAUUUUACAUGGAUUAGAAAAAUUUUCAUUAAUGAAGAAUUGUGAAACAAUCUUUACUGAACAUUUUGAUAAGAAAACUAAUUGUUUAUUCGAAUCUCCUCCAUAUGAUAUAACUGGAUUUAUCUCUGAACCGAUUUCCUUUCAUCAUGCUCAUCAUCAUCCUAUUAUCUCUUUCGAACUCGAAAAUAUCAUUGACAAUGCAUAUAAUAAUUCCAAUGUCAAUAAUAUCAGAUACAAUGAAUUACCAGCUAAUAAGAUUACUACAACUACUACCACCACCACCACUACUACUACUAGUACUGUCACUACUACUAUCACCACUCCUCCUCCUCCUCCUACUACUACUACUACUACUACUACUACUAUUACUACUACUACUACUACUACUACUACUACUACUACUACUACUACUAAUAAUAAUAAUAAUAAUAAUAAUAAUAAUAAUAAUAAUAAUAAUAAUGACCGUUGUAAUAAUCCUAAUUUUCACAAAUACUAUCUAUUAUCUACGUUUCCAGUGUUAUUUUCAACAUUAAUUAGUAGUCUCAUUGAUGCAUUAUUAAGCUGUAUUGUUAAAUUAAAAAUAGAUAAUCAUACCAAAGUAAAAUCUAAUCAAAAAUAUAAUCAAGAUGAUCAUCAUAAAGGAAAUCACUUUACUUCUUCGUCUUCUUCUUCUUCUGCUGCUGUUGUCGAUAAUGACAAUGAUGAUGAAAUCACUACAUCAGAGAUUGAUUUAUGCAUUUAUGGUUUGGAUGCUUUAAUUAUUUUAUUACAGGAUUCAGAUAAUUGUGUUCUCAGUUCUGCUAUCAAAUCUAAUUUAUUACCAGUAUUAUUUAAUAUGGCUUGGUUAUUAGAAUUUGGCAUGGAUAAAGCCAACUCAUUAUUACUUAUGAAUAAUAAUAGUGAUUAUAACAGCACUAACAGAACUAUGUAUAAUGUCCCAUCUCUUCUAAUGCCUAUUUUAACUAGUUUAAGUCGUUUAAUUGGUCGUGUAACUAGUUGGAUGAUAAUGGAUGAAAAAUUUAGUAUUGGAUCCUCUCCUAUCUUUCAUUAUUCCCUGGAUCCUUCAUCAAGAUUUAAAUCGAUAAGAACUUUUCUUCAAUAUUUAAUUUCAAUGAAACCUGAAUUCAAUAAUGAAGAUUAUGAUGGUUAUGUUGUAAACUUGGAAUCUGAACUACAGUUUAAUCCUGGACCAGUUAGUCGAUGUCUUGUUCGUCGAGUUUUACACAGUCUUUUGGAAACUUCAACGAGUCAGUUAGAUCGAAUGGCACAAGAACUUAACAGAUCAGUAGCAUUUAGUCAACAAAAUACAGAUAAACAACAAGGAAAUAAUGCACAAUCAAAUAUUGAAGAUGGAAAUAUUAAAUAUCUUUGUGAACAUUUAAAAUUACAUUAUAAUCAUUUAGUAUGGAUAUUAAAUUGUACCGUCAAUGUACUAAUUUACUCACCUUAUCGAGAUGAAAAUAUUAUCAAUGUGCUGAAUCAAUUAAGUUCAAUACAUGAAAUAUCUCAACAUAAUAAUACAACCACUGCUUCAGUUCCUUUAAGAAUACAAAGUUUAAAUAUUGAUUUAGGGAAAGAGAUUGAUAUUGAUGAUAAUAUUCAUCAAACUUACCAUACUCCUUCUACUCCUCACCAUCAACAUCAUGAUUUUGCUGAUAGAAAACAAACUUUAUUUGAUUUGUCAAAGUAUUCUUUACAUCAUCAUGACAAUGACAGGGAUCCUGGAUAUCAUAUAAUGAGAGAAAUAUAUUUGUUAUUUUCAAAACAGAAGGUUUUAUUUUUACGUAUGCAACAAAGUUUAGAACAAGCUAUAAUCACUUCAAUGUUUACUACAGUACAACAUAUUCAGAAUGGUAAUUUAUUAAAACUACCGAAUCUUUCAAAUUAUAUAACAACUAAUGACUUUAUGAAUUUAUACAAAAAAUCUCUUGGUCAAAUUCUUGUAUCACGUAUACAAUUACCAGAAAUGAAUGUAGUUGUUGAUUUCUUAAUUACAUAUUUAUUAAAACUAUUUAAUGAAGACUCUGUUUUAUUGAAUUCAUGCUUAGCCACCCUACCAUCGAUGUAUUCACCAACAUUUUGGAAUAAUCUAAUUACUAUCAAAUAUUGGUUACAUCAAAAUAUAUCAAUAUGGUUAACAUAUUUAACAUCAUAUCAUCAUGACAAUAAAGAAACUCAUAUUGUGUCUAAGUGUUUUAUUAGUCAGCAACUAACUCAAUUGUAUACAAUAAUUGAAAGGAUACUUAAUACUAAUCAUAUUAUCAGUAGUAAUACAAUAUUAUUAUUACCAUCGAUAUCAUCAUCAUCUUAUAGACAACAGAGAUCCAGUCAUGUUACCCAAUCUGAAUUGUAUCGUACAUAUGGUGAAUUAAUACAAAUGGAUUAUAAAAAAGCUAAUGAACAAUGGAUGUUAUCAUUACCUAAUUUAAAUAAAUUUAUAGAAGUGAAAUUAUCUACAAAUAAUAAUAAUCAUAAAGGUGUAUCUAUGAUUCAUGAUAAAAAGUCAAUACUUGCUCAGCUGAUACAAAUGUUUUGGCCAAAAUCAACUAAUAACAAACUGACUAGCAAUGAAAAUGAAAAUCUCUUUUCAUCGUUGAAUGUUCCAUCGAAAAAAUAUUUACCAAGAAAAUUUUCUAUUCCACAAUUAUGUAGUCAAGCACGUAAACAAUGCGUUGAAGGUCAUAAUGCAUGGUUAGAUGCUUAUAGUGAACGUAAACGUAUUGUAGGCCCAUUAGGAACUGUACUUUGGGCUCGUGUAGCUGAACAUUUAAGUCAUAAAGGAGGAUUAUUUUAUCAUUCGCAAUCUGCUCCAUUUGGUUGGUGUGUUGAUCCUGUGGAAGAUUCAUUACGUCAACAUUGUCGAUUUUAUUAUACACAUUUACCAAUGGCUGAACGUUUAAUAAACAGAACUUCACGUUCAAAUCUAUUAUCCGCACGUCAAUCACAUCCACUUGCCUCAUUAAUUGGUUUACCAUCAAUCAUGAAUCCUUCUCCACCUGUAAUUGGUGCCGCUUGUACAUGGCAUGAUUUACCAUUAUGUUUACCAUUAUCAUCUAUUCCAUUAAUACAAUUAGCAUCAGCUAGCCGAUAUCAUAUUCAAGCUGUUUGGGCAUGUCGUUUAGUUGGUAUACUACAUUUUCCACCAAUUGAAGGUGAUUUAAUACUUGGUCAAUCGUGGUUAAGAUUUCAACCUGAUCCACUAUUGAAUAGAAAUUUAUUGAUGAAUGAUGAUUAUAAUGAUAAUGACAGCAAAAAAGUGCAAUUUAUUGAGAUUGAAUCAUUAUAUCCUUAUCAAAGUCUUUCUAAUCGAUUAUGGUUUGCAUGGUCUUUCAAAUCAAUUCAUCAUAUUGAAGCACGUCGAUAUUCACUACGUGAUAUUGCGGUAGAAAUAUUUCCUGAUGAAACAAAUGUAAAUGCACCAAUGCUUUUUGCUAUGUAUUCUUCUAAAGACAGAGAUAAUUUUAUUGAAACCAUCACUCCUUUAAUUGGUCAUCGUUCAUGUUCUUGUAUUCAUCGCUAUCAUAACCCAUUAUUAGAGGAGAAUAUGGAUGAACAAUCUGAAAUAUCCAGUCCUCUUCCAUCGAAUCGUCGUCAUCAUCAUCAUCAUCAUCAUUCUACUUUUACACAAUUAAAAAAAUGUAAAUUACAAAGUAUACAACAAGCAUGGCUAAAUGGUGAAUUAUCAAAUUUCGAUUAUUUGAUGAAAUUAAACACAACUGCUGGUCGUAGUUAUAAUGAUUUAAUGCAAUAUCCUAUAUUUCCAUGGAUUAUACGUGAUUAUGAAAGUCUUGUGUUAGACUUAACCCAACCGACUACAUUUCGACGGUUAGAUCGUCCAAUAGCUGUACAAGUAGACGAUAGAGCUGAAGCUGUAGCAGCACGAUUUAAUGAAGCUGAAUUACUAUCCAAAACAAUGUGUACGUCACAUCCAGAAGGAUUGGGAAAAAAAUCAAAAACGUUUACUUUAUCGAAUUUAAGUAGUGCUUGUCCACCAUAUCAUUAUCCAGCGCAUUGUUCAAAUGAAGCAAUUGUUUUACAUUUUCUUGUUCGUCUACCCCCAUACACUUUCCGUCAUUUACGUUUUCAAGAUAAUAAUUUCGAUGUACCCGAUCGUUUAUUUCAUUCAAUUGCAACAACAUGGCGUUUAGCCACUACUUCUGUUUCAUGUGUUAAAGAAUUAGUACCAGAAUUUUAUUUUCAACCAGAGAUGUUUAUUAAUCGGAGUGGAUUAAAGUUAGGCUAUCGACAACCAGGUGAUAGUGUAGAUAAUGUUGAAUUACCACCUUGGUGUAAAAAUGAUCCACGUUUAUUCACAUUGAUUUGUCGUGCUGCAUUAGAAAGUGAUUAUGUAUCAAUGAAUUUAUCACAUUGGAUUGAUUUAUCAUUUGGUUAUAAACAAUCUGGACAAAAUGCUAAAGAUUCCUUGAAUCUAUACCAUCCAUAUACUUAUUUUGGUGCAAUCGAUGUGGAUACAAUAGAUGAUCGUGUAUUAGCACAAGCUGUUGAAGCUAUGAUUAAUAAUUAUGGUCAAACACCAAAACAAUUAUUUCAUAAACAUCCUCAUCCUUGUCGUAAAUUAUCGAUUUCUAAUGAAGCCAAACUGAAUAUGACGUCAAAAUUUAAAAGUAAAUCUAUUGAUACAAUGUCCAAUAUGACGAUCCAAGAGGAUGUUGGAGAUAGACGUUCUUCUACACCUGUAUUAUUUAGCUCUAAUAAUAUCAAUGUUGACGAUAAGAAUUCAUUACAAGAUGCAACAUUUUCUGUAACUGAAAAGCAAUACUCAUCAGUUAAACUGGACAACACACCAUUAGAAACUGUGAUUGGAUUAAAGUGGGGUGAAUGGGCAGGUAGUCCACAGGUGAACUCUUUUGAAAUAAUCUGGAAGAAGCAGUUAAUCAAUACAAAGUCAUCAGUAUUGACAACUACAAAGGAUUCACCGGAACAUUCUGAAAUGUUGAGAAUACCAUUUCUUAGUCAUUUAACCGGUUCUAUAUGGUGUGAAUUCAAUACAAAAGACACUCAUUCGGUUCAUCAUAUGAAUCAACUUAACAGUAUCUCUUCAAUAAAUAAUGAUAAAUUAUAUCAUUCUUGGAAUGGUUGGGUCGAUUUCAACAUUGAUCAUGAUAUUGGUAAAUGUUUCCUGUCGUCGUCGUCAUCAUCAUCAUCUCCAUCUCAUUCCACAGAAAUUUCAUCAUCACGUUUAUCAUCAUUCACAACAACUGUCCAAACUGAUUUUUCAUGGUAUUGGAAAAUUCUUCACUGUGAAUCAAAUGCAUGUAUAUGGGUGUCAUUAUUACCAGACAUUAGUAAUUUACAAGAUCCAUCAUAUCCUGUACCAUAUUUAAUCAAAUUGAAACCAUCUCUAUUAGAUAAUAGAACUCUGAAUAUUUUUAUAAAACGUUUAUCCGAGGAAUCAUAUAGUACUUGUAAUGCUUCUACUAAUCUUCCUGAUGAUAAACCUUUUAGAACUUCAGAUUCUUCUUCAUCAGUACUACAUCGUCAUGAUCAUCAACUUGAUGAUGAAAUAAACUUACAAUUACCAUAUUCCAAUCCUGUUCCAUUAGAUAUUACUGGAAAAUCUUUGAUUACUUCAUUAACUAUUUCACCUAGUUCAAGUCAUGGUAUUCAAUUAUUUGUUGGUACUUGUUAUGGAUCAAUUUAUGUAAGACAAUUGCCUACAAAUUUAUACGAUAUCUCAUAUAUUGACAAUUGGUUAUCACAAGAUGAUCAGGAUAAAUCAUCAUUCAAUGAAAAUAAACAAAAUUGUCCAGUAAAUAUUUACAAACGAUCAAGAAAAGGAUCCACAAAAUCAAACGUGAAACAUUCAAAAUCGACUACUACUACUACUACUAUUAAUAGUAGUAGUAGUAGUACUGCCACUAUGAAUCCUUCUCCAAAUCUUAAUCAUUCUAUUCAUAAUGAGAAUAACAAUAAAGAAACAGCUGGUUUAUGGGAAAUUACCGGUUGGAAACAAUUAUAUGGUCAUGCUGGACAUGAAAUAACCAGUUUAGUCAUUAAUCGUAACAACAGUUUAAUUGCUAGUGGUGAUAAUCAUGGUUAUGUAUGUUUAUGGGAUAGAUAUCGUUUAACAUUAAUUCAAACAAUUAAUACUAAUAUUAUUAAUGAUCAUCAUGAUCAACAAAAUGAAUUAGGUGAAUUAGGUUCAAAUAGUAGUCGAAGUCAUAGUAUCAUUACUACUACUACGACGACGACCGGUCAUGAUUACCAUAACCAUAAUAAUUUGAAACAACCUCAUAGACAAUUUUCCUCGAAUCAUCUUACGGUAGAGAAUUCCAUGAAUAAAAGUGAUGAUGAUAUACAAAUGAAGAAAAAGAAGAAUAUUUUAAAUAGUAGUAGUAGCAGUAGUACUAGUAAUUCAACAUCUGAUUUUAUAAAUAACAAUGAUGAUUCAAUAUUAUUGAAUAGUUUUAAACGUAUUGAUGGAAUAUGCUUCAAUUUAACAUCUGGUGAAUUAGUUAUAGCCAAAUGGAAUCAUCCUAAUUGUAAUGUCUGUUGGCUUGGUGUAUAUUCUUGUUCUGGAGUUUGGAUAGCUAAUCGUAUUUUAGAUUUUCUAGCUGAAAUCAAUGAUCCAUUAGUAGAUUCAUCAUUGUUACAAAUCUAUAAUGAUAAUGAUUAUUAUCCUUUGGUUCCUAUGGCAUUUUCAACUGUAUCUGAAGGUCGUGGUGUGAAUUGUUUAUUAGUUGGUGGUCCAGGCGGUCGAUUAGUAUGGUUGAAUUCAUGGACAUUAGAUACAGUACGAACAUAUAUGCUUCCAGAUAAUGAUGAAAAUGCACGUAUAACAUCAGUUUGUUUCGGUCCAUUAUUAAAUCAUGUAAAUUAUCAUAAAAAUUCAAAAGAUUUAGGUGAAAUCUUAUGUCAAGGACUUUAUAUAUCUGUUGAAACAGGUUGUUUAUAUCAUUUUGGACCUAAAUCUGUACAAACAUGUACAAAUAUAGAUCCAUUGAAUAAUGAAACUUAUUCAAACAAUGACUUGUAUAAACAUUCAAUUGUACAUUGGUUAGAUACAUAG